GGCUUUUAAAAAAUCACAGGAAGCGGAGUGGGGAGGAUCCUUUUCGGUUGUAAAAUAAUAGAAAACGAAACCAUGGAAUCACCGCCAAAGGAGCCUGAGGCAUCAUCAUCCUCAUCGGCGACAAUGACAGCCUCUGAUUCUACUCACAGCAAUUUACCCGCGCAUUCUGCCCAAGUCGCUUACAGAGAUCUGGUUAUCUUUGAGGAACGGUUACGUGGGAAUAUGACUCGGUUACUACGGCGCAAAAGAAAGUUUGAAGCGUUGCUAUGCGGGCUGUUAGUGACGCUUGCAUAUUUCUUCUAUGCUGUAUUUGUUGAUCCAAGCAAGAUAUUCUUCAUCCAUUUACUGAAUACGGCAGCUUUACUCGCUGCGUCAGGCAGUCUUGUAUUCUUCUAUCGAUCUGGAAUGUAUUCUGAAAAAAUUGUAUACGCAUCAGAAUUCGUACCCCAUUGCAACCGUGCCUUGCAGUUCUUCAACUUACAGUUUCAGCGCCACGGCAGUACAGGCGAACUAAACUUUUACAGAAAGAUACCCAAAAGUUUUCAGGAAGGAUUCGAAGCCUAUCGCAAACGCUAUUAUGCUAGGAAACGAGCUCGACAAGCCAAACUAAAAGCCGCAUAAGGUUGCAGAGUAUCUCCCCCUAUUCAUGGUCCACUUUUUGUAUAUAUAUUAUUUCAAUCGAUUAUUUUUGCUUUAUUCUAAAUCAUAAACAUCGUAAGUACAAGGGAAACUGCAGUGCGGAAUCGGUAUUAUUGAUCUGUGAUGGAUGGCCUCAG